AUCUAGCUCACCAAGACGACCCUACCAACCAUACAACACCACCACCACCGUCGCAUUCCAAACCCCAGCCCGUCCUCGCGCGCCAGCCCGACCCCGCUCCCAUUGUUGCCGCCGUCCACGCUGGCGACGACGCUGCCGCGCCCGCUCACCUCGCGAGGCCCCCUUUGACGGAGCUGCGUGUCGGAUUAAGCCGACCAAGCGUCACCACAGCUCCAGCAACGCGCCAGCCGUCACGCCGCCAUCCGGACCAGAGCCUCGCUCCCAUCGCUGCUUCCACUCCACGCCGACGGUUCUGCGACGCGCUGAGCCUCGUGCUCCAUCAUUAUCCCGUGCCCGACUCCCCCCCAACGCCCGCGGCCGCGAGCCGCACCACACGCCGGCAUUAUGGGCAUCUGCAUGAGCACCAACAACGACGAUGUCGAGCAGAAGAAGCGCAGCCAGGCUAUUGACCGCAAGCUCGAGGAGGACUCGCGACGGUUACGGCGGGAAUGCAAGAUCCUGCUGUUGGGCUCCGGAGAGAGCGGAAAGUCGACCAUCGUCAAGCAGAUGAAGAUCAUACAUCAGAACGGCUACACGCAGGAAGAGCUCGCCAUGUACCGCCUGACCAUAUACAAAAACGUCAUUGACUGCGCAAAAGCCCUCAUUGGCGCCAUGCGACAAUUCGACGUUAGCCCCGAGAAGCCAGGCAACGCCCAACUCUGCGACUACCUGCUCGACUACACAGUCGACCCCGACCCUGAGAAACCCCUCGAUGUACGGGUAGGCCAGGCCAUCACAUCCAUGUGGAGCGACCCAUGCGUCGGCAAAGUCCUGGAGCACUCGAGCGAAUUCUAUCUCAUGGACUCUGCGCCAUACUUCUUCGAUGAGGUAGAACGGAUAUCCGACCCCAACUAUGUACCAAUCGAAUCCGACGUCUUGCGGGCGCGUACCAAGACCACCGGUAUAUACGAAACACGAUUUACAAUGGGUCAGCUCAGCAUACAUAUGUUCGACGUAGGGGGCCAACGGAGCGAGCGCAAGAAAUGGAUACACUGUUUCGAAAACGUCACAUCAAUCAUCUUCUGCGUGGCAUUGAGCGAAUACGAUCAAGUCUUGUUAGAAGAAAGCUCACAAAACCGAAUGAUGGAGAGCUUAGUGCUCUUCGAUUCGGUAGUCAAUAGCCGGUGGUUCAUGAGGACCAGUAUUAUCCUGUUCCUCAACAAGGUCGAUCUGUUCAAAGCGAAACUUGCGCGAUCUCCACUUGGCAAUUACUUUCCAGAUUACUCUGGUGGGAAUGAUGUCAAUCGUGCCGCCAAGUACCUGUUGUGGAGGUUCAACCAGGUCAACCGAGCACACUUGAACCUAUACCCUCACCUAACACAAGCCACUGAUACAUCCAACAUCCGGCUCGUCUUUGCCGCUGUCAAGGAAACAAUACUGCAGAACGCGCUAAAAGACUCCGGCAUACUAUGAUCGUCUACGCAGCACCGACCCCAACUCUUGACGGCCACGCAUACGAACUAUGAGUGCUCCGACAUGCUCAGCUUCCUCCUUCCGCCAUACCCAUACAUUUACAU